AUGGAGUUAUCGAUCCGUCAAUCGGCUGCAAGAAAUGCAGGGGAACAGUCGACACAGACGAGUGAAGAGAAUGGCCAAGUCUCGCAGGCGAACGAGGUUCCUGCUCGGCAACUGAGUCCAGUCGAUGGAGGCUGGCCUGCCUGGACCGUACUCAUUGCGGGCUUCAUUUUUGAGGCUUUACUAUGGGGGUUUCCAACCUCUUUUGGUGUCUUCCAGAACUAUUAUUCCAAGUUGCCAGAAUUUGAGAAUGCGAAUAUCUCAGUAAUCGGGACAAUGGCACAAGGGCUUUAUUACCUCGGGGCUCCUCUCGCCGCCAUGGCAACCAAACUGUUUCCGAAGCACCAAAAGCAUCAGAUAUGGAUAGGCUGGCCCUUCUGUGUCUUUGGACUAUUGGCGGCAUCCUUUGCAAAUACUUUUGGUCAACUUGUCGCCACUCAAGGUGUCAUGUAUGGCUUCGGCUUCGUCACUCUUUCCUACCCGAUUAUCAGUAUGUUGAAUGAGUGGUGGGUUGCUCGAAAGGGAAUGGCGUUUGGUUCAAUUUCGAGCGCCUCGGGCUUAGCGGGUAUAGCGAUGCCCUUUAUUAUCGAGUCGUUGCUGCAGAAAUACGGCUACCGGACUACAUUACGAGCCUCAGCAGUCGGAAUCGCCGUGCUGACUGGCCCCUUGAUACCAUUUCUCAGAGGCCGCUUGCCGCCUACAGAGACAAGUGUCUUGGCCAGAACGAACUGGUCAUUUCUGGGAAAGCCAUUGUUCUGGAUCUAUAGCAUUUCAACGUUGGUUCAGGGUCUUGGCUUUUUCUUCCCGGCGAUCUACCUCCCGUCCUACGCCACAGCAAUCGGCCUGAACUCGACGCAGGGAGCUUUACUUCUGGCAGUAAUGUGUAUUGCACAAGUUCUAGGCCAAUUCGCCUUUGGUUACCUGUCAGACAAGAAGAUCCCGGUAAGCAUUCUUGCUAUAGUCUGCUCCCUCAUGUCGACAGUUGCUACCCUGGCUAUCUGGGGCAAUGCGAAGUCCGAGCCCCUACUACUCUUGUUCAGCUUGAUAUACGGCUUUUUCAGCUAUGGUUUUGGCACAAUGCGUGUUGCCAUGGGCACCGAAGUAUGCAACGACCCGUCAUCAGCCGUGGCCACUUAUGCAAUCUUUGUGUUUUUACAGGGAGUUGGAAAUGUUCUUGUUGGGCCAAUCAGUGCUGCUUUGUUAUCCAGAGAUAUUAUUGUCGACUUAUAUGCAGCCUUGGGAUAUAGAUCUCUUGUGAUAUUCAUUGGCUCCUGCAUGUUCGGCAGUGGAUUGAUCAUUUGUUUGCGCUAUCUUUCUCCUAUGAAGAGAGAAUUCUAG